UGUGGCUUCAGCCACGUGCUGUGUCAGCCACUGCAGACAUGUCAGGAAAGGAGAACAAUUUCCCGCCGCUGCCCAAGUUCAUCCCCCUGAAGCCCUGCUUCUACCAGAACUUCUCUGACGAGAUCCCCAUCGAGCACCAGGUCCUGGUGAAGCGCAUCUACCGCCUGUGGAUAUUUUACUGUGCCACGCUGGCGGUGAACCUCGUCGCCUGCCUGGCCUGGUGGAUCAGCGGCGGCUCCGGGGCCAACUUCGGCCUGGCCUUCGUCUGGCUGCUGCUCUUCUCGCCCUGCAGCUACGUGUGCUGGUUCCGGCCCGCCUACAAGGCCUUCCGGGCCAACAGCUCCUUUAACUUCAUGGCGUUUUUCUUCAUCUUCGGGGCCCAGUUCGUCCUGACGGUCAUCCAGGCCGUUGGCUUCUCUGGAUGGGGCGCGUGUGGCUGGCUGGCAGCGAUCAGCUUCUUCCAAACCAGUGUCGGGGCCGCCGUGGUCAUGCUGCUCCCCGCCAUCAUGUUCUCCGUGUCGGCCGCCAUGAUGGCUGUCGCGAUCAUGAAGGUGCACAGUAUCUACCGGGGGGCCGGUGGAAGCGUCCAGAAGGCGCAGACAGAGUGGAGCACGGGCACGUGGCGGAACCCACCGUCGCGGGAGGCCCAGUACAACAACUUCUCGGGGAACAGCCUGCCCGAGUACCCCACCGUGCCCAACUACCCGGGCGGCGGCAGCCAGUGGCCCUGA